AUGCCUUACCAAGAAGAUUUCGCUGUUGAACAGUUUAUGGACAAAUUUGAAACCCAAGCCAAGUAUAACCUUGGUGAAACAUGCUGCUACUCUCUGAGUUUAGACGAUAUUGAACAACUUUCUGGUAACAGAUAUGAAUUGGACAGAUCGAUGAGAUUAACAUAUCGUGAUAUAAAAGGAAGUGAAGAAUUAAGGGCUUUAAUUGCAACGAUUUAUGGUAAUACCUUAACAAAGGAUAAUGUUCUGGUUUCAAAUGGUGCCAUUGCAUCUAACUAUCUUUUGUAUUACACUUUAGUAGGGAAAGGUGACCAUGUUAUCUGUGUGGAUCCAACCUAUAGUCAGCUGUAUAGUGUUCCAGAGAUGUUUGGUGCUGAAGUUGAUCAUUUGAAACUAACCAAAGAAGAUGACUACAUACCAAAUGUCGAAACAUUGGCUAAAAUGGUUAAGAAAAAUACUAAACUGAUCAUUAUCAAUAAUCCGAAUAAUCCGCUAGGUUCUGUUAUCCCAAAUAAUAUAAUGAAGGAUAUUUGCCAAUUAUGUGAAAAACAUGAUAUAUAUCUUCAUUCGGAUGAAGUAUAUCGUCCAAUGUUUCAUUCAUUAGAAGAAGGGUUUGAUCUACCAGAGAGUGCAUGCGACUUAUAUUCGAAGGCUAUAGUCACAUGUUCUAUGUCAAAAGCUUAUUCAGUUGCUGGGAUCAGGCUAGGUUGGAUGAUUACACAGGACAAACAAGUUUUAAGGGAUGCUGCAUCUAGAAGAGAUUAUAAUACUAUAUCAGUCAGUGUUAUAGAUGAUAGAAUUGCACAAUAUGUUCUAAGAAAUGCUGAUAAGGUUAUCGCAAGAAAUAUGAAUUUAUGUAAAGAGAAUUAUCACUAUCUUACUGAGUUUAUCAACAAAAACAAGGAAGACUUCGAGUAUGUAGGCACACCACAAGGUGGUACCGUGUGUCUCUUAAAAACCAAAGAGAUAAACGAUACGUACGGUUUUGCUGAAUUUCUUGCCACAGAAUUUAAUGUAUUGGCUGUACCUGGUGAAGUUUUCAAUUUCCCAGGGACUUUACGAAUUGGUUAUGGGAAUAGUAAGAAUGAUUUGGUUGAGGGGUUACCUCUACUGAAAAAGGCCAACGAUAUAUGGAUUAGUAGAACAAAAUAA